AUGGACGGGGAUUCGGGUGACCGUCGGGCGACGGGGAGUCAAGCUGUGGCGGGCGGUGGUGCUGCGGCGACGAAUGCGGGGGGAAGCCCGAUCCGUGGAAGGAUGUCGAGUAAGGAAUCGAGUCAACACUCACAGCCUCGCUUUCACACGGCAGACAGCGAGGCUCUAGAAGCAACAUACGCGAGCGGCAAUAGGGGUUACGGACAGGGGCACGGACACGAGCAGGGGCACGGGCAGGUAUGCGCGGGGCGGGUGCUGAAGGGCAAAGGGCCGGGGCAGUAUCUGUUCAUGUCGGACCGGGGCGAGGGUUUCACGAGCGUCGACGUGGGGUCGAACGGCAUGCCCGUUGUUUGUAACUCGCGCGGCUGCCGCCCCGUGCUUCUUAACGACCGCUUCCGCGACUGGAACGGCCGCCCGAAAUCCGUGCCGCGGUGGCCGCUGGACGGCGUGGGGCGCGGGGGAGUUGGCGGCGAGGCGUGGGGGGGAGCUGGCGGAGACGGGAUGCGCGGGGUGGAGGCGGAGGCGGAGGCGGGAGGAGGGGGGGAGAUGACGGCGACGGGCAAAGCGAGCGGGGGUGAUGUCAGAGUGAAUGGAUUUCCGUCCCGUCACCAUGCGCAGGGGUGGGAGAGCGCGACGGGGCCUGCGGCGGGGCACGCGGGAGCCGUACACGAUUCUUGGCACGGCGUGGGGGGACCAACCUCUUCCGCCUCCCCCUCCGCCGACGACGAUGACCACCUGCGCGCUUCUCCCUCCCCCGGGUUCCACGGUCCCAGCGCGCCAUGCCUUCCGCCUGACGUUCCCGGCGCGCGUGACGGCGCCGCCCCACACCGCGGGGACCUCGAUCUUGCCGCGCCCAAUCUCCGCGUGCCGGUGGUGGUUCCCCCGCUGGUGGCGGUCGGUCGGCGCGCCCAAGGACCCAUGGCAAGCGGUCUCCCCGCUUUCGACGGCGGCGGCGGCGGCGGCGGUAAUAGCAGCAGCGGAGGCGAUGACUACGCGGGCAGCAGGGCGGGCGGUCACGAUGACGCGAGUGAGAUAUUGAUGGAGGACCGUCCGAUCUGGGCGCCCAUGAACGGGACACGCGCACGACCGUUGGACGGGAAUAUCGCUGGUGGUGCGGCUGGCGCUGCUGGUACCGCCGGUGACGCCGCUGAUGGCGCUGGCGGCGCUACCGGUGCUGGGCGAAAAGCAAACGGUAUGCCGAUUCUAUCGAACGGCUCACCGAUUCCGUUUUUCCGCCAAGAAUCCCUUUCAUUCCAGCAGCAAGAACAGCAUCAGCAGCGACUGCAAGAAGAGUCCGGGCUUGGGCGGGCCGCUUCGCCGGAAGAAGCGGGCGCGUGGGGUGCGCUCCAGGGGAAUCUCGGGGAACGCGGAGAGUGGGGUUCUCCGUGGAAAGAAAGACGGCGCGGCGACGAGCAGAGCGGGGGUGAGGACUACGAGCGCGCGGAGGAGGCGUUCCGGCGCGCAGCCGUGGCGAGCCGCGCGGAGGGGGGCGCGGGGGAGGCGGAGGUGCUGGUGGCGUGGGCGAAGGUGGUGUGGGAGGCGGGCCGAGACGCGGAGCGCGCCAUGGCUCUGUUCGAACGCGCCGUGGAGCUCUCGCCUGAUGACUGUUUUGUUCUGGCCGCGUAUGCGAGCUUUCUGUGGUCUGCAGAGAGCGGGCAGGAGCCGGCAGCAGCGCAGGUGAUGGUGGGCGAAGGGAGCGUGCCUCUCAGUGUGAUGUUGCAUGCCUUGAUGACCGGCUGUGUUCCUGCCAUGCAACAGCGGCACUGCAGGCAGGCGACUGUCAAAGUAGUCUCGGUGACUGCUCUUGCCGCUGUGGUGACAGCAGCGAUAAUGGCAACAGCAACAGCAACAGCAGCAGCAACAGCAGCAGCAGCAGCAACAGCAGCAACAGUGUCCCGAUUAGCGCUGCAGCAGCUGACAGGCCGAGCUUAG